AUGGAACCAGAUCCAAAAUUAUUGUCUCUCUUAGAGAAGGUUAAUAAUCCAAUAGAGUUGUUCAAAAUACAGAUAACUGUGAAAGUAAAGUGGCAAUACAAUAAUUAUAAAGGGAGUUUAUGGGUUUAGUGAAGAUUGGAAAUUAACAGAUGAAACGAAUCCAGGAAUAUUUGCAAAUGUAGUUCGAUACUAAGGGGAAGAUAUGUUUGGCAAGAUCAAGGGUCGAGAAUUGACAGAGAGAGAGAAAUUUGAAGAGUAUUAGAAAAAUAGUAAAAAGAAUAAAAAGGACACUAAGAGUCCAGAGGAAGAAGAAUAAAUGAAGAAGGCAUUGGCAUUAGAGGAAGAGGAAGAAUUGAAAAAAUAAUAGCUUUUGGGGACUUUAUAAGAGCAGGAUAAAUUGUUUUUUAUUUCAGAGGACAAAUUCAAAACCAUUAGCAUCUAAUAUGAAGAAACUCAUACUAUUGAAAUAACAAAUGUACGUUAAUUAGAAGAAGAGAUUCUUGAGAACAGAAACUUUAUUUAUUUUAUUAGAUAACCUGCAAUUACAGAGGAAGAAUUAAUUAAAUUAAGGAAAGGUAAGACUAAAAAUCUGAAUAAUGCUGAAUUAACUUCAAUAAUAUUUAAGGGUGCUUUUGAUUUAUCAGAUUUAUUAGAGCCGGGCUGUACUCGUACAACUGUGAGAGCAUUUUUAAAAUAAGAAGAAAAUGCAGAUUGUCCUAAAUACAAUUGUGAUAAGAUGUAUGUCAAAGUAGAAAUAGAGACAGAACCUGCUCUCACUCCUUUGGUAGAAGAUAUUCCAAAGCUGAAUAUUGAACCAAUUAUUGUUUAAAGAAUUCCCAGCAAAUUUGAGUGUGUUGGAUAAUUACAAAGUAUUCAUUAUUUAUGAUCAUUUCUAGGGGACAUUAAAGAAGCUAUGAAAGCUUUAGAUGAAGAAUAUUCUAAACUUUACCCUAGUGAUCAAAAGGUCAAGGUUAGUGCCAAUUUAACAGUUUAAAAAAGGCAGGAGUUGUAGAAAAAGAAAGAAUCUUUUCUCAAUGAAAUUAAUUAAUCAGGAAAAUAUAAAAUCCUCUAGGAUAGAUUGAGAUCAUCUAUUAUUAGAGUUUGCAUUGAUAAAUUUGCUAAAGAAGGGUUGUUUGUGGGAGUGAAUAAAGAUGAAUAAGACAGACUGUUUGCAGAACUUUAUGUUUUUAUGAUGGAAGAAAUGCAAACAACACUUGGUGAAUAUGUCCUAAAUAAUAAAGAAGAUAUUCACGAAGACUUAUACUAAACUUAUGAUCAAAAUCAAAGGGAUAGAGAUGUUGUGUUUCAAUCUUUGAAAGAAUAGGCAUUUAAGAAAUUCAAACGAUUUGCUGAACAAUAUGAAACGAUCAAUCAAGUUGAUUAAGCUCUGAAAUACUAUACAAAUAUGGUCUUAGUAGAUCCUAAAUCAGCAACUAUUUUUGCUAAAUAUUGUUUUAAAAUUCAGAGAUUUAAAGCAGCUGAACAAUUAAUCUAGAUGGUCAGAGAACUUGAAUGGAAUAAAGAAAAUGAAUUAUUGAUGGCCUGUCUUUAUAUAAGAAGAGAAAGAUUUAAAGAAGCCACAAAUAUUGUUUAAGCCUUACUAUCAAAGGAACCAAUAAAUACACUUUUCAAUCUACUUAUGGCGUUCAUUUACAAGCAAUAAGGAAAUCAAAAUAUGGCAGACAAAUACCUAAGAUGCACAUAGAGAAUUUUUAUGAGAACCAUGGGCUUGUUAACAAAAGGGUAUGAUAACUAAUUUUUAUUCAAGAUUUCCAAAGCAAUAACCUGAUCCUCAUGUGUUACCAAAUUUCAAAUAAUAAAUGAUAGAACAAUAGGAAAAAGCUAAGAAAGCCCCAGUUUUGACUUAAGAAUAAACUGAUUAAAUACAAUUAGAAUUAAUAGAAUAUUUUGCAUCUCGUAGCUUAUUUGAUUUAGCUGAAAAAGCCCUUGUAAAUAUAAAAGACAAAACAACUUAAAAAAUUAACAUAAUCAAAGCUUAGAUUCAUAUUUUCAAUGAAAACUAUUCAGAAGCUCAAAGUCUAAUUCAAAAAAUCUUAAACUAAAACCCAAAAAAUUAUGAGGUCUAUCUAAUUAAAGGUGCCUUGUGCUAUUAAACAGACCAGUUUUAUGAAGCAGAAGAAACAUUUUUGAAGGCUUUAUCUAUUCAACAAAAAAAAUCCUUUGAUAUUCUCUUAAGAUUGGGAUAUUUGUAUUUGAAACGUAAGUCUUGGUAGGAUGCUAAGGCUAUUUUCGAAAGAGCUUUAGACUAAUAGGUUCCUUCAAAUAGUUCUUUAACCUGGCUAGGAUUAGGAAUAUCCAAUUUGAGAUUGAAGGAUCCAAUUGCAGAAGAAUGUCUUUGUCAAGCAAGCAUUCAUGAACCAUUUAAUGGUGAAGUUUGGGGAUAUUAGGCACUUAAUUGCUUGUAACAAAAAAGAGGUUAGUAGGCUAAACAGUGCUUGUUAAGGAUGGAAUAAACAGAAGUAAAUGAUCUAGAUUUAUUGAUCGAAUUGGCUGAGGAGAUGAACAAAUGCUAAGAUUUUGAAAGUUGUAGAUAAAUAUUGAUGAGAGUCUAUAACUCAAAAGUCAAAAUACCUAAUAUGGGUUAACUCUUAAAAAAUUUAGGGUCAGUUCAUGCAGAAUUAGGAAGAAAAGAGGAAGCCAAACAGUAUUAUGAGGAGUCAUUAUAAUAUUUGGAGAGUGGAAAUGAAAAGGCUAAAGUAAUUUAGGAAAUGAAGCUUUUAUGA